GCGCGUGUGUUGAUCAGGAAGCUCUGGGUCUCUGAGCAGCUUCGAAGCGUCUUGCGUUUCCUCAGGAGACCAAAUGGCCACUUCUCAAUUUCAUCACUUAGAAACCAUAUUUAACUGAACUCAUAUAUGCGAAAGAGAUCAGUAUAGUUAAAAUCAGACGUAUAUUGAACAGAAUUUGGGGUAAAAUACAGGUUAUUCUUCCGUCGCGUGCGCACAGUGCUUCGGCCAGUGAGCUCGCUUUAAUCACAUCAGCAUAGCCCCUCAGAUACUGUGAAUAUAAAGAUGUCUAAGCCCCCGAAUUCUGCUUCUCGGUCCCGGUCCAGAUCCAGGUCUAGAUCGAGGUCCUACACACGAUCUCAGUCAAGGAGUCGCUCUCGCUCAAGGUCCAGAAAGCGUCGCUACAGCUCUAGAUCAAGAUCCCGUUCACACAGCAGGGAGAGGAACUAUCCUUCCAGAGAUUUCCAGAGCAAUCGUGGGUAUAACCGUGGUUUUCGUGGCUACCGGAGACCCUUUCAGUACCGGGGCAGAGGGCGUGGCUACUUCCCACGAGGUAACUACCAUAGAGGUGGAAGCAACUAUGGUUACCGUUCCAACAACUGGCACGGCCAUAGAGACCACCACCACCACCACCAGCAGCAGCAGCAGCAGUACGACCACUCGUACAGCCCUAGGAGGGGGCGCUCGCGUUCCCACACGCCACGGAAAAGAUCAGCAAGCCGAAGCCACUCACGCCAUUCCGAUAAAUCAUCCUCUGUGCAUUCCAGACGUUCCAGCUCUUCCUCCCGUUCCUCAUCCCCACGUCGACGCAACUCUACCAUUGGACGACUCCAUUCUAAAGAUCGCAAAGAAAGGGGUUCACCAAGUGAAAGCAAGGGAACCAGCAAGGAAUCAUCCAAGCCUACAGGAAGCACCCCAGAGGAACCCAGUAGCAAGUGGGAAGGCUUACCUAACUACGAUGCCAGCCCCAAACGCAAGGCUGCCUCUUCUGGUGGUCUGUCGGAGAUCACAGUGUCUAUCUCCGGAGGAUCUGGCAAUGGUGGUCCUCUGUGGCGAAGCAUUGGCUCUGCUGGUAAAAGUCCACCGGCAAAGACGUCAAGCUCAACUGGCUUCGGGGGCUUCUCAAAGGAAGACUUGAAGACUGAAGACAAAUCAGCCUCCAUUUCAACCGCUUUCAAAAAGUUUUUGGCAGAAAAGAAAAAGCCCUUAUCAGACAGGGAUAAUGGCAGGGGUGAGACUUUAAGCUUGGGCGACGCGGACAGUGAGAAGAGCGGCAGCAAGAUGAGAGCGAUUUUCGAUGCGUCUGAAUCUGGUUUUGAUGGUUCAAAGACUGACAAAGGACUUCCAUUUCUGGAUGCAGAAGAAGAGGAGUAUCGCCAGGAAAUGAAAGACAGGAAGACUGAGGAAGAAUCCAAGUAUAAAGACAAACCUCUUGUCACAAUGCGGGACUUAACCGAAGAACGUUUUGGGAAAUGGGAUGAAGAUGUUGAGGAGGAACUGGACGAGGAACUUUAUCGCAGUCGGAAGCUUUUGUCUAGAAAAGAAGAGAAGGCCUCCAAGAAGAAGGAAAAGAAAAAGAGCAGGAUCAGUCCAUCCUCACCAUCGCCAUCCAGAGUAUCAGAGAAUAGAGGCAGGGCACUGUUUCCAGCUGGAAGAGAGGCCUCACCCCCAGCUAAAUCCUCAGCGAAGAAAGACCCAAAGUUUAAUUUCAGUAUAAAGGCAUUCACUGAUGAUGGAGAAAGCUCAUCAGGUGCAUUAGCUAAAGAAAGACGUUUGUCGCGGGAUCUUGUGCACCCUGGUAAAAAAGAUCAUGAUGAGUUUCACUCGAUCUUCCAGCAUAUUCAGUCUGCUCAGCUUCGCAGAAGCCCAUCAGAGCUAUUUGCGCAGCAUAUAGUCACCAUAGUACAUCAUAUUAAAGCUCAACAUUUCCAAUCAUCUGGGUUGAGUCUGAGUGAGCGAUUUGGAAUAUACCAAAGAAAAGCUGCAGAGAUGGAAAUGAUGAAGCCAAAGAAGAGUCCUGAGAUCCACAGGCGAAUCGAUGUGUCUCCCAGUGCUUUUAAGAAGCACUCUCACCUGUUUGAGGAUUUCGAAGAGAGCGGCUACAAGGAUCAUGGUAAAAGGCAUGAGGGUGAUUCAUUGGACCUUCGCUUGGCAAUUGAGCGGCGUAAAAAGCGAGAGGGGGGAAAGAGUUCAGCUGGCUCACGCACACCCAGCCAUGACCUCUCCCCUGAGAGAUCCUCCAAACACAAGAAAUCAAAGAAAAGCAAAAAGAAGCGCGAACGCUCUCCCUCCUCCUCUUCCUCCUCCUCCUCUCCCUCCCCUCGUCAGUACAGAAUGAGAGAGUACCCUCCGGAGGAGCACAUGGAGGGAGGAGGGGGUUUUAACAAGGCCCGACUGGGGUCAAGGGAGUAUCCGGGACCCAUGGAUCGCGGCCCCCGGGACUAUGAGGGCCACAUGGACAGGGGUUAUGAGAGGGGCAGGGGAGGAUAUGACCGAGGAGGAUACGACCGAGGAGGAUAUGACCGAGGUCAUGGGGGUUACGAUCGGGGGUUUCUGAGAAUGAGAGGAAGAGGAUGGAACCGGGGAAACUACCCAGGCAACAACAACCCCCCUCCCAAUUUGGGUGGCCCUUCACGACCCCCAGAUGAGGACCCUGAAUACACCCCCAAGAGUCGGAAAUACUUCCAGCACGAUGACCGGGACAAGGAAGGGGAGAUGAAGUGGGUGGACACUCGGGGGCGCGGCAGAGGAAAUUACCCACGUGGCAGGGGCACCUUCCUGGUUCGCAAGAGCAACGGCAGCCCCAAGUGGACCCACGACAUGUUCCAGGGUGCUGAAGAGGGAGAAAUUAGAGAGGGAGGCACAGAGCAAAAAGAUGACGACAAGUCUGAGGAAAACGCUGCUUCCAAGCCAUAGACUGAUUCGUAUCCGUUUGUGUCUGUUCUUCUCUACGGUCUCUAAAUGGGUGAGAGCCCUCAUGAGAAAUGCAACUUUGUGUGUUCAGAUGUUGGACUGCAGAACCCCAAUUAGUAGAGUCAUGUCAUUUAUAGCAACAAACUAUCUACUAUUAUUUUUUAUUUGAUUUUUCUCUCAUUUGUUUUUGGGGUUGUGUGGGGUGAUUAAAAAAACAAAUUCAACCAUCUGGUGGCUAAAAUUUAAUUGAUUUGAAAAGUGCAAUAAAUCUGUGCACUUGUGCCUUAGAUUUAACUAGUUUUAUGAUUCUUUAAAAAUAUAUAUAUUUUUUUUUCCCCAAGUAGAUUUCCCCUUUUUGUUUAAAUUGCAUGUAAAUUAUUUCAUACAUGCUGCAAUCUUUUAUAUUUCUUUUUUUUUGGUGCACGGUUUAGUCUCAUUGGCGCAUAUCCUUUGUGGACCAAUACACUGUGUACUGGGCCGAUUUUCUCCAGAAAAUAAUCUGUUUAAAAUGUCCAGAUUCACUCUUCCUAACCAAUUUGUUCUCGGCUAUAUUUAACAUCCAAUUUAGUCAAUUUUCUUCCCUUAAAUUAUGCCACUGAUGACUAAAAUUGUCCACUUUUGCGAAAUGUAAUUUAAAAAGUAUUUUUUUCUGUUUUGAACAACAACAAAAAAAAUUGUCAAGUUUUAGAUGGUCAUUCAUCAGAUUUUAAAGUGUAGAUAUUAAUAGAACAUGCAAGACGAAGCUUAUAAUGCAUUUAUUGCAUUAUUGUGUUAAACUAUCAAACAAAUUGUAAAAUAGUUCAUGCUGCAUGUUUAGAUCAUGUGGUUUUUGUCCAUUGAUCUCUGUACGCUGUACUAUUCACUUGUGCUAGAAGGAUAUAACUGGGAGACUUGGCUGCUUUCUUUUCAGCGUAGAAAUUCCUGCUUUGUGAUGACAGACAGUACUGUAAUGCUGUAACUCAACAUUCUUUUAACAUUUAUAAUCUGUUAACUGUGCUUUCAGUCUCCAUGAUAAAUUUGAAAUAAAACCCGUCCUCUGUUUGGUA